AUGGAUGCGGUGUGGACGCGCCUGGAAAAACGGGCGCAUCGCACUGCGUGCGUGUCGCGACCGCGUCGCUUCCAUUAUGAGAGUGCAUACUGCGCGCCUACAUAGGAAAUAACGAACUUGAGCGGAGAGGGAACAAGAUGGCGGGCUAAGCACAUGUACAUUUCUCCGCUCUCCAGCACUUUUUGAGAUUUACGUUAACAUUCAACUUUAAAACAUCCUAAUUUUCGCGUAUUAGCGAGUACUGGACUAUGUCAGCAAAAAAAGCUUCCAAUCACCCUAAAAUAGUCAUCCCUGGACAAAAAGGGAUGACUGUAAAAACUUCUGCUCUCGCCGAGCACGAAUACGUCAUGGAAGUUGACCACGUCGAAAGCAAUGAGAAACGCAAAGAAUCUUCCUCCUUGCAGAACACUCCGACCAAAGCCCCGGCUAAGAAACAGAAGGGAGACGAAACCCCUGAGAUUUCCAACGUCGCUCUCCUGGAAACCAUAGUCGCCAGAUUCGAUCUACAAGACGGAAAGCUGAGCAGCAUUGAGCAUAAGAUUACUGAGAACAGUCUAAUGAUCGUCAACCUGACAAAAGCUGUGGAAUUCAACGCGGCGGAAAUAAAGGACUGUAAAACUAAAAUAAACUUGUUCGAAAAACAACUCGCCUCUGUUGUCACUUCGCACGCAGAUUUGGUAAGCCGCACGUCGGAGCUCGAACGCUACAAAAGACGAUGGAAUCUUCGAGUAAUCGGAAUGAAAGAAAUUGCAGGCGAAGAUAUCCGAAGAGAAGUCGUCUCACUGUUAGCUGAAAUUGCUCCUCACCUGCAGCACAAACUUGAAGACAUCGUGGAUUCAGUUCACCGCAUUGGCUCCAAAACGAAGGAUAAAUCCAGGCAGGUGAUCAUUCAGUUCAGCAUGCGGAAACACAGAGACGAGUUCUGGCGAUCCACCAAAGUUUCGGAUGUCUGCAAACUAAGGGGAAUAAAGUUCACCGAAGAUUUGUCAAAGGAAGACCGAGAAGCCCGCGCUGCACUCUGGCCGAGGAUCAGUGAGGCUAGAGCUGCAGGGAAGAAAGCCUACUACCGAGGUCCUUAUGGCUACAUAGAGGGCACCCGGAUUGUCUAGGACGGUUGAUUUCAACUACCUCGUCCACAUUUGUUUACCUUAAGUGUUGGCAUGAGGUGUAAGUGGGAUGUUUUAUGUCCUUGCUGUUGAGCGAGAUUUUGUUACAGUGCUCUGUUUGAGAGAUAUCUUGUUUUGUGUUCAUUAGAGCACGGUUACAUAUUUUUCAUUUGAUUGUUUAUCCUAUUUUACGUAUUUUAUUUUUUUAUUUGUUUCCUGUUAGUUAAAUGUUCUCAGUGAAAUCAGCUUUUUCCUGUAUUUCUUUAAAUGCAAGGGGUCUUCGUAACUCUAUUAAAAGAAAAGCUUUAUUUCUUUUUUGCAAAAGCAAAAACUCACACUGUGUAUUUUUGCAAGAAACACAUUCCAACCUUGAUGACGUGAAGUUCUGGACGAGUCAGUGGGGGGACAAAAUCAUCUUCAGCCAUGCUUCUACACAUUCUGCAGGAGUGGCAAUACUGUUCAACAACCUGCCAGGCAAAAUUAUAAAGAUUUCUGAAAACCCCUCCAUCCUUUCAUCACUUCUCUAAUGAACUCAAACUUUUUGCUGCUUCUCUUGAUGCUCUCUCAAAUGAAAAAGCUACUGCAGUUGCCAGCUUCUUCAGUGAACUAAGUGCUCAAUAACUACUUGCUACCCCUUGUAAGAAAUUAGUUAUCUAUAAUUGCUCUUUUAUUUUAUUUAUUUUUGUUUUUUAUUUAAUUAUUAUUAUUAUUAUUAUUUUUUUUUUGUAAUUUAUUUAUUUUUAUUUAUUCCUUUUUGUUAUUCGUGAUUGUGCAUUUAAUGUAUUACAUCACUAUUACAUAUUGUAUUUGCAACUAUGUCUGCCUCGAAGAAUUGUUAAUAUUGUUUAUUCUGUACCUGUUUUGUAUGUACAUUUGUUUGCUAAUAAAAAAAAAAAAAA